ACGUGCAAAGCCGCGUCUGGAGCACCGUGGCCAUUACACACGGAACUCGCAAAAUCUCCAUCUAAGCACUUCAGUACAGUGCGUUUUGUGUUGUUGCUUUUUGUAAUUUUAUAAAUAAAUGUCUCUGCGCUUGCUCCGCUCUAACUCUUUUUUCACUCUCACUUCCAAUUCCAAGACUCUCCAACAACCACUAGCCGCACCCAUUUCUGGAUCAAAGAUUUUAUCCUCUCGCUUACAGAUCUCUACUAUCGCCAUGUCUCGCCGUCCUAACUUCCAGGGCGGCCGCCGAGGUGGCCGCGGCAGCAGCAGUAGCGUGCCUGGUCGAGGUGGUGGAGGACGUGGAGGUCGUGGAGGAGGAGGAGGUGGACGUGGUGAGCAGAGGUGGUGGGACCCAGUUUGGCGAGCGGAGCGCUUGAGACAGAAAGCCGCUGAGAUGGAAGUUCUUGAUGAGAAUGAAUGGUGGGAUAAGAUGGAGAACAUGAAGAAUGGAGGAGAUGAGGAGAUGAUUAUAAAGCGUAACUACAGUCGCGCUGACCAGCAAACCCUCUCUGACAUGGCUUAUCAAUUGGGUCUUUACUUCCAUGCAUAUAAUAAGGGAAAGACACUUGUGGUUAGCAAAGUUCCGUUGCCAGAUUAUCGGGCUGAUCUUGAUGAGCGUCAUGGAUCCACACAGAAAGAGAUCCAAAUGUCUAGAGAGACUGAGAGGAGAGUUGGAAAUCUUUUGAGCAGCUCACAGAGAGCAGCACCUGCUAUUGAUUCUGCAGCAUCUGGUCAGGGGGACAGACAACCAUCAAAUGGUCUAAAGAUAACAAAACCUGUCUCUACCUUGGAAUCAAGUUCUGCUAAGGAGAAACUCAGUAUUGAAUUAAAGCAGAGGCAGGAUAAACUGAUGGCAAGUAAUUCUGUGAAGGAAUUGCAGUCUUUUAGAAAAAAGCUCCCUGCAUACAAAGUGAAGGGCGAGUUUCUGAAUGCUGUUUCUGAAAAUCAGGUUUUAGUAAUUUCAGGAGAGACAGGUUGUGGUAAAACAACACAGCUACCUCAAUAUAUAUUGGAAGAGGAGAUAGCAAGACUGUGUGGUGCUCACUGCAGCAUAAUAUGCACACAGCCCCGUCGUAUAUCUGCCAUAUCUGUUGCAGCUCGAAUAUCAUCUGAACGGGGAGAGAAUCUUGGUGAAACUGUUGGUUAUCAGAUUCGCUUGGAGGCAAAGCGAUCUGAUCAGACACGGCUCCUCUUCUGCACCACUGGUGUUUUACUUCGCCAGUUGGUUCAGGAUCCAGAUUUGACUGGUGUGAGCCAUUUGUUAGUUGAUGAAAUUCACGAACGGGGUAUGAAUGAGGACUUUCUAUUAAUUAUUUUGCGUGACCUUCUCCCUCGGCGUCCAGAUUUACGUCUUAUUCUAAUGAGUGCAACCAUUAAUGCCAAUUUGUUCUCGAAAUACUUUGGAAAUGCCCAAAUUAUUCAUAUACCGGGAUUGACUUUCCCUGUGACAGAGUUAUUUCUAGAAGACAUAUUGGAGAAAUCUCGUUAUAAAAUCCAAUCAGAGGCUGGCAGCUUUCAGGGUAAUUCAAGGAGGAGGAAGAGGGAACAAGAUUCCAAGAAAGAUCCUUUGACUGAAUUAUUUGAGGAUGUUGAUAUUAGUUCUGAAUACAAGAAUUACAGUGCAUCUACUCGACUCUCUCUUGAAGCUUGGUCGGGUUCACUGCUUGACUUGGGUCUGGUGGAGGCAACAGUUGAAUUUAUUUGUCGCCACGAAGGGGAUGGUGCGAUUCUUGUGUUCCUUACAGGCUGGGAUGAGAUUUCCAAGCUACUUGACCGGAUUAAAGGAAACAAACUUUUGGGAGACCCAAGCAAGUUUUCAGUCCUUCCUCUACAUGGUUCAAUGCCUACGAUCAACCAACGUGAAAUAUUUGAUCGUCCUCCGCCUAACAAGCGAAAAAUUGUUCUUGCAACCAAUAUUGCAGAGAGUAGCAUCACCAUAGAUGAUGUUGUGUAUGUUGUAGACUGUGGAAAGGCAAAGGAAACCAGUUAUGAUGCUCUAAACAAGCUAGCUUGUCUAUUACCAUCAUGGAUUUCAAAGGCUUCAGCACAUCAGAGACGAGGUCGAGCUGGCCGUGUGCAACCUGGAGUUUGUUAUAGAUUGUAUCCAAAAAUCAUCCAUAAUGCAAUGCUUCAGUAUCAGUUACCUGAAAUUCUCCGAACACCUCUACAAGAGCUAUGCCUGCACAUCAAAAGUUUACAGCUAGGAACUGUUGGGUCAUUUUUGGCUAAGGCUCUUCAGCCACCAGAUCCUCUCUCUGUUCAAAAUGCUAUUGAACUCCUUAAAACCAUUGGGGCUUUAGAUGAUAAUGAGGAGCUUACUCCACUUGGCCGCCAUCUUUGUACUCUGCCGCUGGACCCAAAUAUUGGAAAGAUGCUUCUGUUGGGUUCUAUCUUUCAAUGCCUCAAUCCAGCUUUAACAAUUGCAGCUGCUCUUGCGCAUCGUGAUCCAUUUGUUCUUCCAAUUGAUAGGAAAAAUGAGGCUGAUGCUGCAAAAAGAUCCUUUGCUGGUGAUUCUUGCAGUGAUCACAUUGCACUUGUCAAGGCUUUUGAAGGAUACAAGGAAGCAAAACAUAAUCGAAAUGAAAGAGCUUUUUGUUGGGAAAAUUUUUUAUCUCCAAUAACUCUGCAGAUGAUGGAGGAUAUGAGAGAGCAAUUUCUCACCUUACUAGCAGACAUUGGCUUUGUUGACAUAUCUAGGGGUGCUAGAGCUUACAAUCAAUACAGCCAUGACUUGGAAAUGGUAUCAGCAAUCCUUUGUGCUGGGCUUUACCCAAAUGUUGUACAGUGCAAAAGAAGAGGAAAGCGCACAGCAUUCUACACUAAAGAAGUUGGGAAAGUGGACAUACAUCCUGCAUCUGUAAAUGCGGGGGUUCAUCUUUUCCCUCUGCCGUACAUGGUUUACAGUGAAAAGGUGAAAACAACUAGCAUUUAUAUUCGAGACUCGACAAACAUAUCAGAUUAUGCUCUGCUCCUGUUUGGUGGUAGCCUUUUUCCUAGCAAUAAUGGAGAAGGUAUUGAGAUGCUGGGUGGUUACCUUCAUUUCUCUGCAUCAAAGAGCGUGUUGGAGUUGAUAAAGAAAUUGCGGGCAGAACUUGACAAGCUUCUGUGGAGGAAGAUAGAGGACCCAAGUUUGGACAUUUCUAUGGAGGGAAAGGGGGUUGUUUCUGCUGUGGUCGAGUUAUUGCACAGUUACAAUUUACGUUUCUGAAUUUUGUUCUCAGGACAAAUAUUUUUUAAUGGUGCUAAAUUAUUUUUUUUAUUAUUGAAUACGUGAUAAUUUUUAUUAUUAAAUAAAUAGUCAUGUGAUAUUAUGGCUC